GUUGAACCGGAAGUGUCAAGACGAGCGGAAACGCCAUGAUAUCUGUGGUAGCAGUAGCACGUGUGGCUGUUACAUAUAACAUUAAGUGGGCGAACUUAAUGCCAUUUAAUUGUAAUUUUACGUAGAAAUGUGUAACUUUUGUAACGUUAUUAGUAGUAAAUAAUACUUUCUGCGUCACAUGUCAAUUGGGGUCAUAUGGUUUGAAAUUAGCUUGCGGCUUAGAUAAAGUUUACAAACAGAACGUUCUUUCGAUUGUAUGUACUGUAAUCAUGGCAGAUGCGUUCAGUAGCAGCUCGGCAAAUGUAAUACAACGUCAAGUUGACGUCCAAGAGACGAGGAGCACUCCUCUGGAAAAGAUUGAUGAGUUUUAUCAAAUCCAGAAAACCUGCGACUUCGUCUGUCGGAAUCACUUUGGGCAGGUCGCUCUUCAGUUUCCUGAUGCACUUCUGCACGAUUCGACUGCAGUUGCAGCUGAGAUUGAAAGGAUUACUCAAGCGAAGGUGUACAUUCUAGGGGACACAUCUUAUGGCAGCUGCUGUGUGGAUGAGGUGGCAGCAGAGCACGUUGGAGCCGACUGCAUGGUGCACUACGGACGUGCCUGCCUGAGCCCGUCCAAACGGCUGCCCCUCAUGUACGUCUUUGAGAGAGCAAGCAUAGACUUGGACAAGUGCAACUCGGCCUUCAGAGAACUGUACGCUGACACGCAAACCCACAUCCUCAUCCUGUAUGAUGUCAAAUACACUCAUGCUAUUGAUCAUCUGGUGACACUGUUGUGUGAAGACUAUCCAAAUGUUGUUUCUUCACGACUUUUUGUGGAAGGCGAGCAGUGUUACAGCCAUGGCCAGACUAAAAGAGAGCCUGAUGCAGAGCAGCUUUGUAUUCACUUUGGAAGGCAGCUGUGUCUGAAGAGCGGACUGAGCAUCGAGGAUUACGAUGUGUUCUACGUCGGUCAAGAUGGACCGACCUUGCGAAACUUCAUGAUGACGUGGAACCGCUGCUCCUUCUCCUCCUUCGACCCCGUGACAUCGGCUGGGAGGGUGGAGUCGGCCGGUGUCAACCGCACGCUGAUGAAGCGCUUCUACGCUAUAGAGAGGGCUAAGGAUGCCAACGUGGUGGGCAUCUUGGUGGGCACUCUUGGCGUGGCCAACUACCUGUCAAUAAUCCAGCAGCUGAAAGAGACGAUCCGCAGCGCGGGCAAGAAGAGUUACGUGUUCGCCAUGGGGAAGCUGAACGUGCCCAAGCUUGCUAACUUUCUCGAAAUAGACAUUUUUGUUUUGAUUUCGUGUCCGGAGAACGCACUACUGGACUCCAGUGAGUUCUACCGCCCUGUGGUGACGCCGUUCGAGAUGGAAGUUGCCUGCAACAGGAACCGCGAGUGGUCUGCGGAAUACGUCACUGACUUUCGACAUCUAUUGCCAGGUGGACAAAAUUAUGUGCCUUUGGCAGAGGGGCAGGAGGAAUGUGACGAGACGGAUGUGUCUUUAAUCACCGGAGCACUGAGGAGCCACAAGCUGGACUCCGAUCAUGCAAAGCCCCGGUGUGGCUCCUCACUUGUCCUAAGGAACCAGACGCUGACUGUGGCCAACACCAACUCUGCCGCAUCGUUUUUGGCGACGCGGAGCUGGCGCGGCUUGGAGCAGAAGUUGGGGGAGACAUCCGUGGGGAAAGCUGUGGAGGGCAGGAGAGGCAUCGCUAUUGCCUAUGAAGAAGAAGGAGCAUAAUGGCAACACGUAUUAUUUCUUUAAUUACUGCAAAUUAUUAAUAUUUUGACACUUUUAAGGGUUUUUUAAAGAAGACAUAAUAUGGAAAAUUUAAGCAUCUCACCACGUA